GCAAUGUACACAUUAAUAGCAAUGAAGGUCUUGACGCUGGUUUUGCUACUCGCUGUGGCCUACGCCAAACAUGAACAAUAUCAAGGAUGGAAAUCUUACUGUGUGAGACCAUCCGAUCAAGGGCAACUGAGGUCUUUGACGUCUAUGGUCCAGAAGUACAGGCUGGACUUCAUCAGCAAAGCAAGUGUCGGCCGUAAUGCUGUAGUGCUAGUGAAGCCGCAAUAUAAUGACUUAUUCUUGAAGGAACUAGCUGAUCAGAAUAUUGCCUACACUGUUCACAUCAACGAUGUUAAAGCACAAUUGGACAUUGAUGAUGAUCUGCUAGAAGCGGGAAAAAACCGUCUUGCGGAAGACGUUUCAAUUUUCGAUAGAUAUCUGGAACUUGAAGAGAUCGAUGCCUAUCUUACUGACAUAGCAAAUAAAUAUCCAGAUUUAGUGACACUACAGAAUGGUACAACAUUUGAAGGUCGUGCGAUUUAUCUCAUGAAGAUCUCGAAACCAAGUGAUGAUGAUAAAGAGAAACCUAUCAUCAUCGUCGAUGCAGGUAUCCAUAGCCGAGAAUGGAUUGGUCCACCCGCAGCCUUGUAUGCGAUCAGCAAGUUGGUUGACGAAACUAUUGACAAUGAUUUACUUGAAGAUCUCGACUGGGUCAUCCUACCUAUGCUCAAUCCCGAUGGAUAUAAAUACACAAGAACUACUGAUCCCUUGUGGCUGAAGACUCGAUCUACAGAUAAUCAUGUCAACAGCGUCGAGUGCCCUGGCGCAGACGCUAAUAGCAAUUUUGACUUUUAUUGGAACUUAUACGGCACCAGCUCGGACCCGUGCGACAACAACUACCCCGGUAGCAAACCAUUCUCAGAAAUAGAAGUUCAAUUCGGACAAGGAAACCUUGCUUCUCUACACAGCUACGGCAGCCAGAUCCUUUACCCCUGGGGCCAUGAUGGUACACUGUCCCAACAAGCUUUCGCUCUCCAAACUGUUGGUGUGACUAUUGCGAAUGCAAUCUAUGAAAAUGCACAACCUAAUUACCCUCGGUACAUUGUUGGUAAUUCUGCUUUGGUCACUGGACAACAAACUUCUGGUAGUACCGUCGAUUUUCUUCAUUACAACGGCGUGCCUUUAUCCUACAAUUUAGUACUCCCUGGAGUUUUGGAUAAUACCAAAGGCUUUAAUCCCGACCCUAAAGAAAUUGAACAGAUCGCAAAAGAAACCUGGGCAGGUAUUGUCGCUGGUGCCAGAAGAGCCAGAGAUUUGUUUGGAGAUUGGAAUUAGCAAUCUAAUAUGAUUUCUGCAGUAAAAAGUAAUUAU